AUGGAUAUAUAUCAAAUGCUUGACAAUUUUAUUUCAAUGAACUAUGGUUCAAAGUAAGGACUCAAAUUUAAAUUGAUUAAUUAUUCUAUUGAAUUAGAUCAUCUUACGAAGUUACCUCAACUUUAACUCUAAGCUGAGGAAAAUUAUAAAUUUAUCAAAAAGUUUUCAGAAAUAACAUUAUUAACAGAAAAAGAAUUGUAAUUUUUUGAGACAGUCUUAAGAGAACAUAAAUAUGGUAAAAUUAAUUUAUCUUAAUUUUAUUCAUAAAUUUAAUCCUAAAAAUAAGUCAUUGUUGUUGAAUCAGAGGAUCAUCUAUAGUAGUGUUGUAUUGAUAUCAUUCAAAAUUACACUAUUUUGGGAGUUGAUAUUGAGCAUUAUUCUGAUAAAGUAGACGAUUUUAAAAUAUCCUUUGCUUGCACUAUUUAAUUAUCUACUGUAGAAAUGGAUUAUAUAAUAGAUGUUAUGAAAUUGAGGCAUGUUUGUAAUAAGUAUUUAACUCCUAUUUUUGAGAAUUAAAAAUUAUUAAAGAUUUUUCAUGGUUGCGAAGUGGAUUUCAGAGUGCUUUUUAGUGAUUUAAAAAUAAUUGUUAAAAAUAUAUUAGACACUAGCAAAAUUGAUAUGGCUUUAAUUAAAUCACCUAAUGCUUAGUCUUUAGAAAAAUUAUGCAAGCAAUAUUUAAACAUCCAUUUAGACAAGCUUUAUCAAACAUCUGAUUGGAGGAUAAGACCUUUACCGCAAUAAAUGAUCGAAUAUGCAAGACUUGAUUCAGCUAGUUUAUUAUUUUUAUACCCAAUAUUGAUAGAUGAGGUAAUUGUCAAAUAUAUUCUUAAGUGCAGAAAAUCUAAUCUUGUCACCAAAGUUUUCAAUUAGUGCCAAAAAUUGAGUUUGAUAACACAAUAUCCAUUAAUAAAUAUUAUAAAUAAAGAUUGA